CUGGUCCGAGGGACUGGCUGGCAUUGGUGCUAACUUGGUGUGGCUGAUGAGCGAGCGGCCGCCGCCGCGCCGGCCCGAUGAGUGACAAGAUCGGCAGCCUGCCCACCGGCGUGUACGCCGCCGAGGGCAUCCAGAAGCGGCGCUACCGCAAGGGCCGCGUCGAGUUCCUCGUCAAGUGGAAGGGAUGGAGCCCCAAGUACAACACCUGGGAGCCGGAGGAGAACAUUCUCGACAAGCGGCUGAUCGAGGCGUUCCAGGGCAAGGAGAAGGAGCGGGACGGCACGCCGAGCCGGCGCGGGCCACGGCCGCGCCGGCUGCGCGAGCCCGACGAGCGCGCCGGCCCGGCCGAGCCUGCCGAGCCCGACGAGCCGGCCGAGGCCGACGAACCCAGCGAUGAGCCCGAUGACAAGCCGGAGCCCGAGAGACCGGGCAAGCGACGCGCCGAGCUGCUGAACGACGCCGGCAAGAUCGGCGUCACCAUCUCCACCACCGGGCCGCGCUCGCCGUCGGCCAAGCUGGCCAAGCUGUCGCCGCGCCGCGCGUCGGCCGAGGCCGGUGACGCGCCGCCCAAGUCGCCCAAGAUCAAGAUCAUCCCGCCGCGGCCGCCGGAGCCGGCCGAACGCGGCCGGCGCCGCGCCGAGCCGGCCGACGAGCAGCUGGUGAUGCCACCCGCCGAGUUUUGGCGCCGCGUCAACCCGCUCAUGGACCGCAUCGUCAUCACGGACGUGACGGUGGACGCUGGCACCGUCACCAUCCGCGAGUGUCCCACUGCUGAGGGGUUCUUCCGCGGCGCGGAGACCGACGCUGACACCGACCCUGCCCCCGCUCCCGCCGUCGCCCCCGCUGUUGGCGAGGGUGACAAGAAGCCGGCCCCGCAGCCGGCUUAGGGAGUGCACCGGGGCGCUGCCGCCAGCGGGGGAGGGGGGGGGGGGGGGGGGGCUCUGGACUCGCGCGUGUCGUUAGCGUGCCUGUGCGUGAUGAAAAUCUGAGCUAUUUUUCGACGGUUUCUCUCGUGUACUUCGACGCUGGAACUUGCUGUAGUCAUUGUGCUGUGUAUGAUAGCCAGAUGAUGACUAGAGGAUCAAAUGUGGGUAUCAAAAUGGUACGUAUAGGUAUCGAUUGCGCUCAUGUUGCUGCGUUGUGCGGAGGUAAGAAUCAAUUGUACUCGUGUGGGCGUGAAUUAGCCACGCGGAGCGAAUGGUCCUCUUGACUCUUCCAUUUUGACUUCCCUUGUUUACGUCCGUUAUUGACUCGAUCGAAAUCCAUGGUGUACUAUAUUCAUGUUGGAUUGGAUGCUACACCCGCCGCGUGGAACCGUGUAGCACGUCUUGCUCUACCGUUUCCGCAUGGG